CAUAAUAAAACAACUUUUAAUAAAAUAACAACCCAAAUGUUUCUUUUAAAUUUAAAACAACCAAACCGAUAUCCUGCUAUACUCAAAACCCUGUAUACGCGUUAUUUAUCAGCUACGAAAACUGGAAAACCAACUAAAAAAACUCCCCCCGCCAAACCGGUACCACCAACAAAAAAGGAAAAGCCAAUUGCCACAAAAGAUGCACCGCCAAAGGAAAAGAAACCCCAAAUUAAAACUGUACAAAUAUAUCGCUGGAAACCGGGUGAUAAACCUAAAAUGCAAACUUAUAAAGUAGACCUAAGCACCAUAAAUCCCAUGGUUUUAGAUGUAUUAUUGAAAAUCAAAAACGAUAUAGAUCAGACUUUAACUUUUAGGCGAUCUUGUCGUGAAGGUAUUUGUGGUUCUUGUGCCAUGAAUAUUGGUGGUCUUAAUACUUUGGCCUGUAUACAUAAAACUGAUACAAAUCUCUCAAGACCCUUAAGGAUUUAUCCCCUACCGCAUAUGUAUGUUAUCAAAGAUUUGGUAACUGAUUUUUCACAAUUCUACGAACAAUAUCGUUCCAUACAGCCUUGGCUGCAGCGCAAGGAUACGGAGAAUGAAAUUCCCGGUUGUGCCCAAUAUUUGCAGCAUCCCAAAGAUCGUGAUGUUUUGGAUGGUUUGUAUGAAUGUAUUUUGUGUGCCUGCUGUCAAACAGCCUGCCCUUCAUACUGGUGGAAUAGUGAUCGUUAUUUAGGUCCUGCUAUUUUAAUGCAAGCCUAUCGUUGGGUUAUCGAUUCGCGUGAUGAGGCAACCGAAGAACGUCUGAAACGUUUAACAGAUCCUUAUAAACUAUAUCGUUGUCAUACUAUACUAAAUUGUACCAAUACUUGCCCGAAAAAUUUAAAUCCUGCCAAAGCCAUAGUUAAAUUGAAGCAAUUAUUGUCAGGUUUAAAGACUAAAGAGAAACCUAAGUUGGAGACGGACAAAUUGUUCAAGGAAUAAAUAUACAAAAUACCUACAUACAUAAUAUGUAUAUUUUUUUAAAAUUAAUUAUAUCAAAACUUUCA